CACCCAAACACCGGGGCAGCACAGGGCCGGUAUUGGUCAGAGCAGGGAACCAGCUACUGAGACGCAGCAGUCGCCAGUCGAGGCAAGUCUUGUUGUCAUGUCUCCAAAUGGGAGCUUGGACUCACCGCUUGCUCCGCCACCUCUGCUGCUGCAGGCCCGGUCAAGGGACGAUAUUUUUAUCAAAUCGGAGCCCAGAGGAAACAGUCCCAGCACGAAGGAUGGAGCCGCUUUGGGCCAGACCGAGGAGCACCUGCCCACCGGGAGCCGCCGGAGGAAGAGGCCCGUUCAGAGGGGGAAGCCUCCCUACAGCUACAUCGCUCUCAUCGCCAUGGCCAUCACUAACUCCCCAGAGAGGAAGCUCACCCUGGGCGGCAUUUAUAAGUUCAUCAUGGAGCGUUUUCCUUUCUACAGAGAGAACUCAAAGAAGUGGCAAAACUCCAUCCGCCACAACCUCACUCUCAAUGACUGUUUUGUUAAGAUCCCCCGGGAGCCCGGCAGACCAGGUAAAGGCAACUACUGGACUUUAGACCCCGCAGCUGAGGACAUGUUUGACAACGGGAGCUUCUUGAGGAGAAGGAAGAGGUUCAAACGCACAGAUGUGAGCACCUACCCCGGGUACAUGCAGAGCUCCGGCGCCUUUACUCCAAUGCCUGUGGGCAGACCCUCGUACCCCAACACGCUGUACGUCGGGACAGGGUCGGGUUAUGGGUCUCAGCUGACAGCCGCAUCCCCGCAUCCGGCCACGUUGCAUCAUUACCAUUCCUCCGUCGGGGUCGGCCAGGGACAGCAGGGACAGCCCCGCAUGUUCAGCAUCGACAACAUCAUCGGCCAGCAGACGGUGAUGCAGAGUGGCCCGGCGGGAGAGCUCAGCCCUCAGGCGCUGGGGCUGAGUGGAGUUGACCUGGGAACCACGACCUCCAGCUGCGCGGUCAUCGGCACUGACCCGUCUGCUUGCUUCCAGACCCAGACUGUCAACCCCUCAGCGAACAUGCUGUGCAGAAACAGCGGGAACAUCACCUCCAACCUGGCAGCCGGAUACCCGUACUCCUCUACGACCUCUCCUCCAAACCUGCCCAGCAUGACCCAGCCCGGUUUCUCCCCGGGGAACUCUCAAGUUUACUACCCCGGGAAUCGGCUCUCCCUGCCGCCUCUGCGCCCGGGCCCCUGCGCCGAGCACACGGAGCAGCUGCUGGGCCUGUCCAACCCUGUGAGCUCUUACAACAGCCCUUACAUGAGACAAGCCAACUUUGCAUCAGGAUUAGAACGGUAUAUGUGAGACAUUUAGCAAAUAUUAGAAAAGAUAUGAUAAAACAUUCCUGUUUAAAAGCCAUUUAUAUCCGUUUGACACAUUGCACGACUGUGUCUCAGUUUAAUUUGUAUCGUGGCUCAUUU